AUCGGCCACUCCUCCCUCCCCAAGGCAAAGGCAAAAGGCGAAGGAUCAAGCAGGUAGCCAUGGCGAUGACCUUCGAGCUCUCCGGCGACUACGGCUACGUCGUCCUCGUCCUCGCCGCCUACAUCUUCUUCAACUUCUGGAUGUCCAUCCAGGUCCUGCUCGCCCGCGAGAGGUACAACGUCGACUUUCCGACGAUGUACGCGCUGGAGUCGGAGAACAAGGACGCCAAGCUCUUCAACUGCAUCCAGAGAGGCCACCAGAACUCGCUGGAGAUGAUGCCGGCGUUCGUGGUGACGCUGCUCCUCUCCGGGCUCUACUGCCCCGUCGGAGCAGCUGCGCUCGGCGUCGUGUACACCGUCGGCCGCUACUACUACUUCAAAGGCUACGCCACCGGCGUGCCGGACAACCGCCUCACCGUCGGGCGGUUCGCCUUCAUGGCUCUGUUGGGGCUCAUGAUUCUGACUACGGUGGUCGGAGUUAGACUCGUCCUCAGCCGAUGAAUCCGAUCCAAAUUCGAUAACACACGAUGGUUUUAUUGAACUAAAUAAUGAUAUUAUCUUUCUUUCUUCCUUCUUCGUUUCUAAGUAUGAAUUUAUAUGCACGGAUGUUUUAGAUUGUACUAUCAUUCUUGAGAAGUUAAACUCAUAGUAUUUAGAAAGUAAUUUUUUGGUCCUUGAUUUGUAAUUUUAAUAUUUAUGUUGUGGUUGAUUAAAUUUUUAGUUGUAUUUAUAGAAUUACACUU